AGUGAAUGUUUUUAUCGAAUAUUUUACAUGAUUUUCUAUAAAAAUUCUAGUGUUUUUCUGUGUUACACGUUAAAAAUAAUACGAAAUAUGGAUUGAAGCUUCCCUCCGGUGAUAUUUCAUUGUUGCAUAGCAUCAGUUUCAAGAUGGAGGACGAUAUUGACAUAGAGGAACAUGAUGUUCUCGAGCAUCCCCGGAUACGGAACAUAUUUCCGGACAUCACGCAGAUCAAGACUGAAGUGCCAGACGAUGAUUAUGAAGACGACACAAUGGACCUCGAAGCUGACGACGACGAGGAUUCUCCCCACAACCAAAGACAAGACAAAACAAUACUAGGUUGCAAACGAAACAAUUUGCGAAUACAUGAACGAUACCAGAAUGGUGAAUCCGUUCUGGUUUUUCGUCGGAAACCAAUUAAAGUAAAACAAACUGCGGUCAAAGAAGAGGUAGAAGGUAAUAACUGUGAACGCAAGGAAGCGACUGAUAUAUCUACAGAAGAGUCGACUCGGUCUAUCGCUCUAGGAAGGGCUAUCCCUUCCGAUUGCACCCAAACUGACAGUAUUCGUAAUGACUGCAGUAAUACCGAAGAAGACGACGCAAGAGGUUCAGAUAACGAUGCUGGGUAUAAUGAUCCACAAGUGUCCAAAGAAAAAGAUACAGAUGUGGCCAAAAAUGUUGUAGUGUUACUACAGAACUGGGGACCUUGGCUAGAAAGUAGUCCUUGCUACUGUAAAGAGUGUCAGAUUCUAUUCCCUACAACCAAUACGUUGCAAGUCCACAACAGGACUGCGCAUUCAUUCGAUAUCCAUGCCAAUGAAGCCAUAAAAUCAACAGCCAAAGACAGAAACCAUACUGACAAAAACACCGGUGCUGUUGGUAAAUACUACAGCUAUUGCCAAGUAAAUUUUCCCGACUCAGAAUCGCUUAUUGAUCAUUUAUAUGAAAAUGAUGAUAUAUAUGUGGACAAGGAAAAAUCUGCACUGCAAAAAGUAUCAAUUCCAACGAAAGGGUUUGGUAAAAAAGGCACGCUCAAAGUCCAGGGCAGUCAGCAAAGUUUAAACACUGAAUCUAAUCGUCGCUUUUGGCACUGCAUCAUCUGCGGAUUCUUCUUUAAAAUGAGGAGGUGUUACAUAAAACACGUGAUACAUAAUCACUCUACAAGUGAUAUAGAUUUGAUUCAAGUGGCAUAUAAUGGACAGUGCCCGCACUGUGAGCUUGUCUCUGACCAACCAACGGCCCAUAACUUACACAUUACCACUGCACACAAAUCGAUUUUCACAGCGAAAGGCAGCUCUUCGGAGAAGACUGACACAAAUCCCUCUAAACUGCCCCAGAGAGAAACGCCAAUCCCAACAGUUGGCCGUAAGAAACAACCUGUUCCAAAAUCAGUGUUGUAUAAAUGCAACAAGUGUCCGUUGCACUUUACAUCGUGUGCGGUUGGUGCACUGCACUCCAAACACUGUUUACAGGACAAAGACGUGAUAGAUAACUGGCAGUGUACAACGUGUCUUCGCAAUAUCAAAGUUACAGACGCACUGGUACACCAAUUUCAACACCAGCACACGUACAAUUUCAACGUUUACGUUUGCGAAGACAAUAUUUACGGGAAAGUCCUAAACGAAUGCCCUAAGUGUGGACUAUAUUUUUGCGAGAAGGAAUUCUUCAAUCAUGUCAUAACUGAAUGCAAAGGAGCUUCAGUAAACUGCGAGAACUGCAGUCUACCGAUACACGUUUCAUCUGUAGACGAACACAAACAUUGGCAUCAGACGCUGGAUUUAACGAAGCAGGAUUUAAUCUUGGUUGAGUACAUAAAACAAUAUACAAUUGAAAUGGACUCAAAAGUUAGAGUAAAGAGAAAACUAACAGGAGCUAAGCCAUCAACUUCAGCAAAACGACAGAAGUUAGUUGCGAUGACUCGGAAGAAGUUGAUAGUGUAUUACUGUGAGUAUUGCUGCUGCUAUUUCACAGACUCACGACUGCAGAUACACGAGGAACGCAAAUGCACAUCUAAAUGGUUUCACGCUGUAAGGGGAAUCUGUAAAAUUUGUGGCCUCACCCACUGGUCCGAUAAACUUUUCACAAUUCACGAAGACCCAGGUAUGCCCGUUUUGGACUUCCAGUUUAUUUCAGUGAAAACCAAAAGAUAUAUCGUACCACCAAUGCCCAAUUUCAAUAAAUGUAAUAAGUGUGAAAUCUAUUUCCUUGAUGACCAAUUUCAUAAAUGCGCGCGUCGUUACAAAACUUGUAAUCUUUGCAAAAAUCAAUUUAGUCAUCUAGCUUAUUUAAUACACAUGCGCUUUCACGACUACCCGCAGUUAACAAAUGUCUGGAAAAUACUGUACCGGUGUCAAUCAUGUGAUAUUCUGUACGACUCCCACGACCAGGCCGUCGACCAUUGCCAGAAACAUUUCAACAACAUGGAAAGUUACGACGUCACAGUAGAGCACUGUGAUAUUUGCGACUUGAAGUUUGACAGCGCUUGCUUCGACUACCACAAGGAUAUCCACGAAUUGAACGAUACAAUUAAGAAGGGUUCCUUUCAAAUUAUUACCUUUCUUUACACCGAACUGUUUACGUCAAAGUGGGAAGACAUGUUAAAUUCAACCAGUAUACCGAAGAAGAAUUUAUUAUCGGGAAGUAUUUAUUCCUAUGACAGAGGUGUCAAAUUGAGGGUCCUGAAGGAAGAUCAGCCAGCUCUCGGCGCAGCAGCUUCACCACCUGAUCCUAGAAAAAUAUCUCCCAAAAACAAUUCUUUGGAAGUUUUUAAUACCCACAUGAAAUGCCAAAAAAAUAAAAAACCAGUAUUCCAAUGCGCUAAGUGUAAUAUCCAUGUUCACCCAUCGUCCCUUACAGACCAUGUGAUCUGUUGCAGAGGAGUUCAAUUUAAACGUGUGGCUAAAUCUCGCAAGUUUUGCAGUCCUUUAGCUAGAGACAUGCACGAGGCCCAACACAAAUUCACAAACACAUUUAAAACUGUCAUCUUCAACGAAGAAGGAGACAAGGAAUUCAAUGAAACAUUGAGACAGAACAACAUUGCAACACAAACAAACACCAUGUCUGACAAUGAAAACCUCCAUGGCGAGGUUGAAGGUAUAGCUAGCACAUAUCAGACCCAACACAAAUUGGCUAACACAGUUAAAACUUACUUCAACAAUAAAAGAGACAAUGAAUUCAAUGAAACAUUAAAACAGAACAACCUUGGAGCACAGAUAAAUACAAAUUCUGACAAUGAAGGUAGGUUCCACUAUUAUCAAUGCAAAAAGUGUAAAUGCUGCUCAGUUCAUAGACACCCACAUAGAUGCAAAUAUGGAAAAAAAAGAAAGCGCUGUGAAAUAUGCGACUUGUUUUUCUAUAGGUGCAAUAAGAAGCAUGAAACUUUGCACAAAAAUGAGAUAUUAAGCAGAGACAUGAUUAAAAUAACUCUUUUCCAUCCCACCUCAGGCAAAAAAUAUAAAUCGAUUGCAACUCAACGAACCAAAGCCGUUGUAAGACUUUACAAAUGCGAUUGCGGCCUACAUUUCACGUCGACUGAAGCUAUAGAAAAACAUUCCGAAUCGUUUUGCAAGGGAGCGAAGAUUUUUAAGGAGAAGUGUAGUAAAUGCAAUCGACUUUUCGACAUUACCCAGCUGGUCACGCACCUGUGCAAGCAUCAUAUCAACGGGCGAAAUGUUACUUUUGAAGUAGUACCGUGCAGCAAAAGAAAACUAAGUGCUCCUAAAUACCUUGUAUACCAAUGUAGCGAUUGUCAAUAUUUAUUUUGUGAUAAAAAAUCAUUUUCAAUUCACGAGCCUACUUGCGGGGCGGAUGGUGGCUGCUGUUCUAUUUGCGGCUUCAAAUUUCUCUCAACUUCCACACAUAACAGUAUACACAAGAAUUGCUUUGAACUCUCUAUUGCGGAUUACAACAUUGUGCAUCUAACCCCAAUAAAGGAGAAGUUUAGACGUGUGUACAAAUGCAGCGAUUGUGAUAUUAAUUUCAUAUCAUACGAUGAAGUUAACAACCACGUUUACUCUGAAAGACAUGACACAUCUUAUGCUGUCCCUUGCUUGGAGUGUGGACUAAAAUUUAAGUCUGUUACUUUACCCACGCAUAUUUCUGUCCAGCAUAAAGACCACAAGUGUACACGUGAUGACUUAGUAAUCGAACUUGUUCCGCACAGACCACUUGAUUUCGUAGAUAAAACUGUUGAGAUAGAGCAACUAAAUUCAGGAGCACACAAUAUCAUUUCUGAAGGUGAAUAUGGCCAAAGUCACGAAGCUGUCAAUACCAGGAACUUUGCGCCAAUGAUAACUGUCGACGACAAAUUGAACGAGACUGAAAACUCAGACACUGAAGUCAUAUCAGACCCUGAAGAACCAUUUACAGGUUUUACCGAUACUACAACCUCGGCUAUAGAAUCUUUGAAACUAUCCCUGAAAGCCAACCCAAAAUCUAUAAUUGGCCCGAAUAAUGACGUGGGCAACCAUGCUAAUGCUGAUGAAGACAUCGAUAAUGAUGUGUGCUAUAUUGCUAAUGCUAAGGAAGAUACUGAUAGUGCCUUAGACAAAAAAGCUAACGCUAAUGAAGAUACUGAUAGUGCCUUAGACAAAAAUGCUAAUGCUAAUGAAGAUACCGAUAGUGCCUUAGACAAUAAUGCUAAUGCUAAUGAAGAUACUGAUAGUGCCUUAGACAAUAAUGCUAAUGAACACACUGAUAAUAAUGUGUUCUAUAUUGCUAAUACUGAUCAAGAUACCGAUAAUAACAUAUGCAACAAUGCUAACGCUGAUGACGACAUCAAUCAUGAUGUGUGCAAUAAUGAUGCUUAUGCUGAUGAAGACUCCGAUAAUAACAUGAGCAACGAUGCUAAUGCUAAUGAAGAUGCUGAUAGUGUCUUGGAAAAUAAUGCUAAUGCUAAUGAACACACUUAUAAUGAUGUGUGCAACGAUGAUAAUGAAGACACCGGUAAUGACGUGUGCAAUGAUGCUAAUGAACAUACUGAAAAUGACAAUAAUGCUAAUGAUGAUCAAGAUACUGAUACUCACUUGAACAAUGACUCUAAUACUGAUGAACACACCGAUAAUUGUGUAUGCAAUGACGCUUAUGCUGAUGAAGAUACUGCUAUCUGUAUCCAAGAUACUAUUGUCGUGGACAAUAAUGCAAAUGAAAACACUGAUAAUGAUGUGUGCCAUAUUGCUAAUACUGAUCAAGAUACCGAUAAUAACAUAUGCAACGAUGCUAAUGCUGAUGAAGACACCGGUAAUGCUAUGUGCAUUGAUGCUAAUGAACAUACUGAAAAUGUCUUGGACAAUAAUGCUAAUGCUGACACCGAUAAUGAUGUAUGCUAUAUUGCCGAUGAUGAUGAAGAUACCGAUAAUAACAUAUGCAACGAUGCUAAUGCUGAUGAAAACAUCGGUAAUGAUGUGUGCAAUGAUGCUAAUAAACAUACUGAUAAUGUCUUUGACAAUUAUGCUAAUGCUGACACCGAUAAUAAUGUGUGCUAUAUUGGUAAUACGUAUCAAGAUAACGAUGACAACAUAUGCAACGAUGCAAAUACUGAUGAAAGCAUCGGUAAUGAUGUGUGCAAUGAUGCUUAUAAACAUACUGAAAAUGACUUGGACAAUAAUUCUAAUGACACCGAUAAUGAUGUGUGCUAUAUUGCUAAUACUGAUCAAGAUACCGAUAAUAUCAUAUGCAACGAUGCUAAUGCUAAUGAAGACAUCGAUAAUGAUGUGUGCAAUGAUGCUAAUGAACAUACUGAAAAUGACAAUAACGCUAAUGAUGAUCAAGAUACCGAUAAUAACAUAUGCAACGAUGCUAAUGCUGAUGAAAACAUCGGUAAUGAUGUGUGCAAUGAUGCUAAUAAACAUACUGAUAAUGUCUUUGACAAUUAUGCUAAUGCUGACACCGAUAAUAAUGUGUGCUAUAUUGGUAAUACGUAUCAAGAUAACGAUGACAACAUAUGCAACGAUGCAAAUACUGAUGAAAGCAUCGGUAAUGAUGUGUGCAAUGAUGCUUAUAAACAUACUGAAAAUGACUUGGACAAUAAUUCUAAUGACACCGAUAAUGAUGUGUGCUAUAUUGCUAAUACUGAUCAAGAUACCGAUAAUAUCAUAUGCAACGAUGCUAAUGCUAAUGAAGACAUCGAUAAUGAUGUGUGCAAUGAUGCUAAUGAACAUACUGAAAAUGACAAUAACGCUAAUGAUGAUCAAGAUACCGAUAAUAACAUGUGCAACGAUGCUAAUACUGAUGGACACACUGAUAAUUAUGUAUGCAACGAUGCUUAUGCUGACGAAGGUACUGCUAUCUGUAUCCAAGACACUAUUGUCUUGGACAAUAAUGCUAAUGCUGACACCGAUAAUGAUGUGUGCUAUAUUCCCGAUGAUGAUCAAGAUACCGAUAAUAACAUGAGCAACGAUGCUAAUGCUUAUAAAGAUGCUGAUAGUGUCUUGGACAAUAAUGCUAAUGCUAAUGAAGUCACUGAUAAUGAUGUGUGCUUUAUUGCUAAUACUGAUCAAGAUACCGAUAAUAACAUAUGCAUCGAUGCUAAUGCUAAUGAAGAUAUCAAUAAUGAUGUGUGCAAUGAUGCUAAUGAACAUACUGAAAGUGACAAUAAUGCUAAUGAUGAUCAAGAUACCGAUAAUAACAUGUGCAACGAUGCUAAUACUGAUGGACACACUGAUAAUUAUGUAUGCAAUGAUGCUUAUGCUGAUGAAGAUACUGCUAUCUGUAUCCAAGACACUAUUGUCUUGGACAAUAAUGCUAAUGAAAACACUGAUAAUGAUGUGUGCCAUAUUGCUAAGACUGAUCAAGAUACCGAUAAUAACAUAUGCAACGAUGCUAAGGCUGAUGAAAACAUCGGUAAUGAUGUGUGCAAUGAUGCUAAUAAACAUACUGAAAAUGUCUUUGACAAUAAUGCUAAUGCUGACACCGAUAAUAAUGUGUGCUAUAUUGGUAAUACGUAUCAAGAUAACGAUGACAACAUAUGCAACGAUGCAAAUACUGAUGGAAACAUCGGUAAUGAUGUGUGCAAUGAUGCUUAUAAACAUACUGAAAAUGACUUGGACAAUAAUUCUAAUGACACCGAUAAUGAUGUGUGCUAUAUUGGUAAUGGUUAUCAAAAUACCGAUAAAAACAUGUGCAACGAUGCUAAAUCUGAUCAAGAUACUGAUAGUGAUGUGUACAAUGAUGCUAAUUCUGAUGAAGACAGUGAUUAUGACGUGUACAACGACGCUAAAUCUGAUGAAGACACCGAUAGUGAGAUGAGCAAUGAAACUGUAAGUUCAGUAGAAUCAGACGACGAACAUACAACGCCAAGUAAACCAACUGUCACCAAGAAUAAUUCAAUUGAUUCUAGCAAAAGCGCACACGAGAGUAAUCCUAGUUCCAAACCUGAUAUAUACCGAAAUAUAUACAAAUGCUCUUCUUGUUCAACUCAUUUUUUACUAAAAAGCGAUCUCACAUUACACGGUAUCACUAAGAGCACAUUACGUAGUUGCAAUACAGGCCGCCCUAAUUGCGAAGCAUGUAAAAUUUGCGGUUUAACUUUCGCAGCAAAAGUCCUGCCUGCUCACAUUCAUAUACAUCACAAGCAGUACACUUUCAGUCUUAAAGAUUUUAACGUUAUUGACAGUGACAAGUUAGCACAUAAUAUCGUCAAUUAUAGUGUUAGUAAAUCGAUGGAAACCGACGAUGGUGUUUAUGCUGAUGAAGACUCCGAUAGUAACAUGAGCAACGAUGCUAAUGAAGAUGCUGAUAGUGUCUUGGACAAUAAUGCUAAUGAAGACACUGAUAAUGAUGUGUGUUAUAUUGCUAAUACUGAUCAAGAUACCGAUAAUAACACAUGCAACGAUGCUAAUGAUGAUGAAGACAGCGGUAAUGAUGUGUGCAAUGAUGCUAAUGAAUAUACUGAAAAUGACAAUAAUGCUAAUGAUGAUCAAGAUACUUAUAAUCACUUGAACAAUGACGCUAAUACUGAUGAACACACCAAUAAUUAUGUAUGCAACGAUGCUUAUGCUGCUGAAGAUACUGCUAUCUGUAUCCAAGACGCUAUUGUCUUGGACAAUAAUGCUAAUGAAAACACUGAUAAUGAUGUGUGCCAUAUUGCUAAGACUGAUCAAGAUACCGAUAAUAACAUAUGCAACGAUGCUAAUGCUGAUGAUAACAUCGGUAGUGAUGUGUGUAAUGAUGCUUAUAAACAUACUGAAAAUGACUUGGACAAUAAUUCUAAUGACACCGAUAAUGAUGUUUGCUAUAUUGGUAAUGAUUGUCAAAAUACCGAUAAAAACAUGUACAACGAUGCUAAAUCUGAUCAAGAUACUGAUAGUGAUGUGUACAAUGAUGCUAAUUCUGAUGAAGACAGUGAUUAUGACGUGAACAAGGACGCUAAAUCUGAUGAAGACACCGAUAGUGAGAUGAGCAAUGAAACUGUAAGUUCAGUAGAAUCAGACGACGAACAUAAAACGCCAAGUAAACCACCUGUCACCAAGAAUAAUUCAAUUGUUUCUAGCAAUAAACAAAUAGCACUAAACAAAGCUAUCGACAAAAGCGCACACGAGAGUAAUCCCGAGAGAAAUAUAUUAUACAAAUGCUCUUCUUGUUCAACUCAUUUUUUACUAAAAAGCGAUCUCACAUUGCACGGUAUCACAAGGAGGACAUUGCGUAGUUGCAAUGCAGGCCGCCCUAAUUGUGAAGUAUGUAAAAUUUGCGGUUUAUCUUUCGCAGCAAAAGUCCUGCCUGCUCACAUUCAUAUACAUCACAAGCAGUACAAUUUCAGUCUUACAGACUUUAACGUCAUUGAGAGUGACAUUUUAGCACAUAAUAUCGUCAAUUGUAAUGUUAGUAAAUCGAUGGAAACCGACAUAAAAUCGCGAUCUCAAGUUGCCGUUCCUACUCACAACCGAAACAUAUUAUACAAAUGCUUCAUAUGUUCCGUUCAUUUUAUGUCUUAUGACAGUCUACAUAAACACGUUAAAAAACAUGAAAGUGGUCAGGCUUUGACCACGAGUGUCACAUGUAAAAUUUGCGGCUUGUGUUUCUUCGCCAACACUUUAACGAAACAUAUGCACAUACAACACAGACAGAUGAAAUUAAGUUUAGCAGAUUUUAAAAUUGUUGAGGAGUCUUUAAGACGGAGUGCGCCGAGGCUGUACCAUUGUGAAAAAUGUUCUAAAAAUUUCUUCCGUUACAUUACAUUAGACAUUCACGUGGAGAAGUGUGACGGCGCCAGUAGCGGAUUUACCUGUGUAUGUGGUCUGUCCUUCUCUAAAAAAAGUUUCUCGAGACACAGGAGGCUACAUCACAAAGAUAAUAACUACGCAUUGGAAGAUUUUGAUAUAGUCAAUUUGAAUUUUGAAGACGUAAAUUUAAUGCAGACAAAAAUGCUCCCACAGAUUCAGAAACGUGUACAAAAUAUAAGCACAAAUAAAGUGUCAGCAUUAGAUGCAGAAAAGGCUGUAUGUUAUAGUAAUAAGUUGUAUAAGUGUAAUAUAUGUUAUAUUCACUUCCUAACGGGCGAUAUCUUGGAGUGGCACACAAGAAAUGGCAAACAUGAUAUUCAAAGGUUGACUUGUACUUCUUGUGGGUACGAUUUCGCUGUGGAUCACCUCGCAACACAUGUAUUCAUUCACCACGACAAAAUGGGACUAGCAGCAGAAAACUUUGAAUUUACAAACAGUGCCGAAAUGUUAGAUGACUACGCGCAAACUGCCUAUAGGGCAUCAGACGCUCACGUACAAUCCACCGAAAAUUCAGAAGAUUCUAACAGUAUUCAAAGCUUGGAUUCGGAUAUCGAAAUUGUGGAACACAUAACUGAAGCGAGAGUUAGAAGUGACGCUGAAGUAGAACCGGGACUUGAAAAAGAAUCAGGUGAUAUCAGAGAUGUACAUAACGAAGCAACAAAGCAAGUAUUAAAUUUAGGUUUAUACACUAAUAAACUAUAUAAAUGUGCUAGAUGUUCCAUUCACUUCCUAACAGCCGAUAUCUUGGAGUGGCAUACAAAAAUUGGCAAACACGAUAUUCAAAGGUUGACUUGCACUUCUUGUGGGUACGAUUUCGCUGCUAAUCAUCUCACAACACAUAAAUUCAUUCACCAUGACAAAAUGGGAUUAGCAGCAGGAAACUUUAUAAUUACAAACAAAAUGGAAAUGUUAGGCGACUGCACGCGAACUGCCGAUGCGGCAUCAUACGCUAACGUACACCGUGACACUAACCGUGACAAUACAGAAGAUUUUAACGAUGUUAAAAGCUUAGGUUCAGAUGUCGAAAUUGUGGAACAAAUUACUGAAACGACAGAAGCAAACGUUGCUGAAAUACAGACAGUAACCGAACAAGAAAUAAUUGAUAUCAGCGACGAUCGCGAACUCUUGUUUCUAGAAGGCACUGAAGGAUCAGCAGUAGAUAACGCCGCAUCCACCAUCAAGGAUACAGCUUCAACUGAAAGCGCUGUCAUAUCGGUAUAUACUAAACCUAGCAUUGAUACCGAAAGAUGUAAUGUUGAAGAUGCUGUUGAAAAUAACGCAAAAUCGAGCGAAACGGUCAACAAUGGCACAUGCAAGGAAAAUGGCGUAAACGUUUCCAUUGAAUCACAGAGAAAACAAACGACUCAAAACACGUAUUUAACUAGGUAUUCCGGUGAAAAACCUUAUAAGAUCAAAUUGUUCAAAUGCGGAGAAUGCAAAGUCUGCUUUUUGACUGAAGAUGUUUGCUACAAACACGUUGUUAACCACGUUCCGUUAGACGUGAAGGAUUAUAUCGAAUGCAAACUUUGUGGAUUCCAAUUCCUUAUAGUCGAUACUUUAUCAAGACACAUAGCCAAACACCACCAAGAGCCGUUUAUGUUCGAAGAUGUACUAAUAGAGGAAUACCAACCAACUGCACAUUGUAACGAUACACCAAAAAUUGAACUCUACAGUGCGAUUGAGAAAAUCCAGUCCAAAUUAGUAAGCACAACGAGCUAAGGAAACGAUAGAAUUAAGAUGUGUGUUUAAAUGAUGAUCAUAACAUAAUAUAAACAGCCUAUACAGGGUGUCAGUGACAUCGUAACGAAAACUUUGUGGGGUGAUUCAGACCAUAAUUCUGAGUUGAUAUCAAAUGGAAUUUUCCGUCGCAAAAGUAUAGAACUGAAAAUAAUAUAAAAAAACUCAUGAAUGUCCGAAACGACAGGAAAUUCCACUUGAUAUCAACUCAGAAUCAUGGUCUGAAUCAUCCCCCUCAGUAUUAGUUACGGUGUCACUCACACCUAUACCUACUUGUAUGAUUACCUGUAUGUACUUGUAAGGGGUAUAAGUGACAUCGUAACGAAUACUGAGAGGGAUGAUUCAGCACAUUAUUCUGAGUUAAUAUCAAGUGGAAUUUUCCAUCGCAAAAGUAUAUAAAUGAAAAUAUAUUAUUUUUUAAAUAUCAUGAAUUUUGCGACGGAAAAUUCCACUUGAUAUUAACUCAGAAUCAUGGCCUUAAUCAUCUCCGUUAGUAUUCGUUACGAUGUCACUAACACCCUGUAUACGUCCCCCUGCUGGGCACAGGCUUCCUUGAAAAAGGAAAGCGUUGAAAAUUAAAAUAAAACCUCAUUUAUUUUUUAUAUACUUAAUAAGUUUUUUAUGGUAGACAAUUUUCACGCCGUUAAACCCGUAUUCUAAGAUGUCCACUCGACACGGCCUCAGCUGAGCAUUUUGGUAUUUCAAGUUGACAUUUAAGUCGUCGACUCGAGGACUUUACUCACUGGAGUCGAGCAUGUCAUACUGCCAACAUAAUAAUACGAAAAUGACGUCACGCCUUGCAGGAGUAAACUUGAGUUAACGUUGAGGCUUCUCAGGGUGGUAUUAAUAAACUAAUCUCAGCUGAGACUGCCCUCAAUAUCAUGCUCAAGUCUCUGUUUUUAUAUGAGAACUGUCACAUUGACAUGAUCUUGCGGGCAGUCUCGAAGCUGAGAUUAGUUUAUUAAUACCACACUAAGAAUACCGAAUUGAGCUAAGUUCCUGAUCUUCCUUGAGGUCACCUCAAGUUGAGAACAAAGUCAAGGAAGGUUAGAGUUAACAUCUUAGAAUGCUGGUGUUAGUCUUAAGAAUUAUCUAUUGUUAUAAAUAAAGUGUUAAUCCGUGAUAAUGGUGGUGAUUCCAAUAUACACCAUCUAAUUUUAAGUUAUACCUGUCAUUUUCUUAUCCGCCGAAAAAGAAAGGGACGGGUAAUCAACAGGCAUAAAAUUUAUGGAUACGUCAAUUUUAGGCAGGAAUUUCAAAUACCCUCCAAAUAUUUAUAGAGGUAUAUUGGCCAAUAACCCGACAGAAUUAAGUUUACAGCACACGUCAAACGUGCAUACCAGCGAGAAGCCUAUUUUAUUUUAUUUUACGGGUUAUUAAUUCAUUAUAAAAUUAACAGUUGUCAAUCAUCCGUCCCUUUCCUUUUCGGCGGAUAAGAAAAUGACGGGUAUAACUUAAAAUAAAAUUAGGAGGUGUCUGCAGGAAUCAGGGUCAUUAUUUAACAAAGAAACUCAAAUAAAACUUGUUAAUUUUGAAUUUUUAAUCAUGUUUACUUCAAAAUGUAUAUUUUUGAUAAUUCUGUAAAUAUUAAGAUAAAAAUAAUAAAUUGGUCUUAUUUACAU